CAUCAUUCGCCUAUACCACUUGCUUCUAACAUUUCAAAAAAUAAUAAUUAUUGUUUAUUUUUUCCAUUGGUAGGCCUUUUUGCUAGCAUACUCCUUGUCCAGUAUGCCAACAGUAUUGAAGUAUCACAACAUUUACUUCAUGAAAUCAUCGAAGAUGUCAUAUCCAUAGUUUUUAGUAUACCAACAUUCAACAAAAUUACUUGUUCUGAUGUAAACAGCACUAGACUUCGCUACUACCUUUACACACCCAACAACCAAAUUAAUGCGACACGUUUGAACCCAGAAGGGCAAGAUAAUGACUUGACAAAUUUCGAUCCUUCUUUGGAAACAAAAUUCGUAACCCAUGGUUGGUUGGGGGAAGUUAACGAAUCAUGGCCAGAAGAUAUCAAAAAUGCGUAUUUGAAAACAGGAAAUUACAACAUUAUUCUCCUAGACUGGACAGCCUAUUCAACUCACAGAUAUUCUAGAUCUGCAUGUUUUGUACCCAAAAUAGCUAACGCGACAGCCCGAUUAUUGGUUCAAUUGAAAAAAGAUGCGAAUUUAGAUUUAAACAAAACACACUUGAUAGGGCAUUCUUUAGGGGGACAAAUGGCUGGAAUCACCGGUCAAUUUAUUCAGAACUUAACCAGUGGUGAAAAAGUCAAAAGAGUGACCGGUCUUGAUGCAGCUGGGCCGUUAUUUUGUUAUCCGAGAGUAGACCAUAAAGACGAACGAAUAACUGCAGACGAUGCCCAAUUUGUUGACGGAAUACACAGCAAUGAUGGGGAAUUUGGUUGUAACAUUGAUUACGCCCAGUCUAACUUUUAUCCAAAUUGUGGACGAAGUCAAAGCGGUUGCACGAAAGUCGAUGUGUCUCUAUUAAACAUCACAGGAUCUUUUAACGAGUUCUUUAGCAAAAUUUCAUGCAGUCACGGAAGAUCUCAUCAAUAUUGGCUCGAGAGUAUAUCAAAAAACGAUUUUUCAUCGCGUUCCUGCAGUUCUUGUUUAUUUUUCCAGGGGAACUUGUGUUCUGCGAAUUCGGAUGAUAAUGUUAUGGGUGAAUAUACUUCGUUUUCUAAGGACGGAGAGUAUUUCUUGAAAACUAACACCGAAGCGCCUUUUGGUCUUCUAUAAACAGAUAUAUUGUUUUAAGUUUUUUAAGUGGAAAGUGUACAGUAUAAGUUAUUAUGUUAAUGAUUCUUUUAAAAGUUUAUUAGAUGUUAAUGUCACGAA